AUGCAGCCCAAAGCGUUGCACGUCCUCUUCUGCUCCGUGGCCUUGAGCGUCUCCCUCGCCGCCGCAAGUGUCCAGGGUCCAAUCAUCGGUAUCGUCGCCCACCCCAUUGCGCAACACGGGGAGUACAUCGCGGCGUCGUACGUCAAGUGGGUCGAGAGUGCGGGCGGCCGCGUGGUCCCCAUCCCUUACAACGCGCCCAAAGUGUACGUGGAGCAGCUGUUGCCGCAACUGAACGGUCUCUUCUUCCCCGGAGGUGUGGCUGCCGUCAAUGACCGAGCCGAGUGGCUAUUCCGCUUGGCACUCGAACUGAACGACAAGGGCGUGUACUUCCCGGUGUGGGGCACCUGUCUGGGCUUUGAGUGGCUCGUGCAACUGACCACGAAAGAUGUGGAUUCAUUGAGCAGCGGAUUCGACUCGAACAACCUCACCCUGCCCCUCAACUUUACCGAUCAAGCGCCUAGUAGCCGGAUGUUUCGUCAGGCCAGUCCGGAGCUUUACUCGUGGCUCAAAGACAAGCCUGUCACCAUGAACAACCACGAGCUGGGCAUCACUCCUGACAAGUUUCGCCAGUACCCUUCCCUGACGGACUUCUACACGGUGUUGGCAACCAAUGUGGACCGCCAAGGGGUCGAGUUUAUCUCGGCUUACGAAGCCAAAGAGUAUCCAGUUUAUGCCGUGCAGUUCCAUCCCGAGAAGAACAGUUUCGAGUAUGGACGAUACCCGGAUGGCACCCCGUACGAGGUGGUGGACCACUCACGCGAGGGCGUUGCUGUCGGACAGUUCUUUGCCAAUUUCUUCAUCGACGAAGCCCGGAAGAACAAUCUGCACUUUGAGGACCCGAGUGUGGAGCGCAAGGCGCUGAUUUACAACUACCAGACGUCCACUGUCACCGACCCAGACUUCGUCGAGUCUUACAUCUUCAAACACGACUUUUCGAUGGACUUCUGGAGCGUGCAGAUGUAA